UAACACGCUAUCAUAUGGCAUUGCCUUCCGAUAGCUACAAUAGAAGCAGUAAUCCCGAAAGCAUAAAUAAUAGUAAAAUGUAAAAUGACUAGGAAAUGAUGAGUUUUAUGCAUUUGUUACCUUUGUUUUUAGUAUAGUUUAUUGAAUGAUAAGUUUAUGUGGUUUCAUUUUACUAAUGGCUGUGUUUAAUAACCAGCUUACAAAACUCUUGAAAAUUUAACAUGAGCCACUACCAUAAGCUACUACCGUUUCAUAUUUAUGCCGGACACUAGAUUGCAGAGUUUAUUUGUUGUGGGAUUGUGAAUUUUUACAGCCAUGCCUGAUGUUGUUGUUCAUAAAUAAUUUUACUCUUUCAUCUGUGAAUUUUUUUUUUCUUUGUUUUGUAGACUAUUUCUGGAGCAGUACAUGAUUACAGAAAUCUGUGGCUCCCUGUUCCCAAUUUCAAAAAGCAAACCACAGCCACAUUAUGGAAGAAGAAAACCAGACAGCUCCAUUCGAGUUUAUCAUCUUAGGAUUCUCCAACUUAAAUGAGCUGCAAUUUUUACUUUUCACUAUCUUCCUUGUAACUUAUAUCUAUACCUUGGGAGGAAAUAUUUUCCUUAUCUUGGUGACCAUGGUUGAUGCACGUCUACACACACCGAUGUAUUUUUUUCUGGAAAACUUAGCAUUUAUUGACAUCUGCUACACCACCACCAAUGUUCCUCAGAUGAUGGUGCAUCUUCUGUCAGAGAAGAAAAGCAUUUCUUAUGGGGGUUGUAUAGCUCAACUUUUUGCAUUUAUUUUCUUUGUGGGGUCAGAGUCCCUGCUCUUGGCAGCAAUGGCAUAUGAUCGUUAUGUGGCAAUCUGCAAACCCUUAAGAUAUUCAAUUAUUAUGAACAAGACUAUAUACAGCCAAUUAGCAGCUUCUUCAUGGGCUGGUGGUUUCCUCAACUCAGUGGUGCACACAAUGCUGACUUUCCACCUGCCCUUCUGUGGGAAUAAUCAGAUUAAUUAUUUUUUCUGUGACAUCCCACCUUUGCUGACCUUGUCUUGUGGGGACACUUCUGUCAAUGAGCUAGUGCUACUCUCCAUUGGAGUCUUCGUUGGUUGGACUCCUCUCUUGUGUAUCAUCCUUUCAUGCCUUUAUAUUGUGUCUACCAUUUUAAGGAUCAGUUCUUCAGAGGGAAGGCAAAAGGCAUUUUCUACGUGUGCCUCCCACCUGGUCAUUGUCCUUCUUUACUAUGGAAGCUCUAUCUUCACGUAUGUACGACCCAUCUCAGCUUAUUCCAUAGAGAAAGACAGGCUGAUAUCAGUAUUGUACAGUGUUGUAACUCCCAUGCUAAACCCUAUAAUCUAUUUUUUGAGGAAUAAGGAUAUUAAAGAGGCUAUGAAAGUUAUGCGGAGAAAGUGGCAGGCUUCUAUUUCUUUAACUUUUGAUGUAUAAACUUUACUCUUCUGAGGAAAAUCAUAUAUAUCACAAAACUGUACAUCUUACUUAUAGGAGCUGAUUUUUAUUGAUGACUCUUCAACAAAAUUAAAAGUUAACUAUAAACUUCACUUCCAGUAAAAAUUGACUAGUUGCUCUGU